CUCGUGGUCACGCGCAACAGACCAAGUUCAGCCGAUAGCCGGUAAUUAUCUCGUCGAGACAUUAGGAAUGAGAUAACGAUUGCGAACGCUCAAUGCGAGGGGAGAUUAGUCGCCUAAAUCGCCGGCGCCGGUCGUGAUUCGCGAGAGCGAGAGGGAACUGUAGUCUUUUAUUUUUUUUCUUCUCUCGUUCGAAACUUUCGGAGGUUAACCAUGCUGCGAGUGCUCGGUCGUACAAUGCGCUCGGCGCAGCUCCUCGGGAGGAGCACGAAGAUCGCUUGCGCGACGAGUGCGAGGCAUCUGAAUCUGCUGGAGUACCAGAGCAAGGAGCUGCUGCGGGACUCCGGCGUGUCGGUGCAGAACUUCGCGAUCGUCGCCGACCUAACCCAGACGAGCUCCGCCUUGGAGAAGCUACACGCUGACGAGUUUGUUAUUAAGGCCCAGGUCUUGGCCGGUGGUCGUGGUAAAGGCCGGUUCGACAAUGGAUUCAAGGGAGGUGUACAUCUCACCAGAGACCGUAAUGCUGUUGCAAAUUACGUGAAGAGUAUGUUAGGUCAUCGUCUCAUCACGAAGCAGACCUCGGAGGACGGCAUACUGGUGCAGAAAAUUAUGAUAGCCGAGUCGGUGGACAUCGCGCGCGAGACCUACGUCUGCAUUCUCAUGGACCGCCAGCACAACGGCCCGGUGCUGAUAGCGUCGCCGGCGGGUGGCAUGGACAUCGAGGCGGUCGCCGAGAAGCAUCCCGAACAGAUCAAGACCGUCCCGUUGGACAUUUAUCACGGGAUCGACGACGAGAUAGCGAGGGACGUGUCCGUUUUCCUGGGAUUCUCCGCCCCGGAUAUUCUCGACAAGGCCGUGUACGAGUUGAAAAACCUGUGGAAAUUAUUUGUGGACAUUGACGCGCUGCAAGUCGAGAUAAAUCCAUUGGUGGAGACGACGGACAAGCAAGUGGUAGCGGUGGACGCGAAAAUCGCGUUCGACGAUAAUGCCCAAUUCCGACAGCAGGACCUGUUCUCCUUGGAAGACGUCAGCGAAAAAGAUCCCAGAGAGGUGGACGCGUCGCGAUUUAACUUGAAUUACAUCGGUAUGGACGGUAACAUAGGAUGUUUAGUGAAUGGAGCUGGCCUAGCCAUGGCUACAAUGGAUAUUAUCAAGUUGAAUGGAGGAUCGCCAGCUAAUUUCUUGGAUGUUGGCGGUAGUGUGAAAGAGGACCAAGUCUUCCAGGCGUUUAGAAUCCUCAGUGAAGAUCCAAAAGUUAAAGUCAUUCUCGUCAACGUUUUUGGAGGCAUCGUUAAUUGUGCAACAAUAGCGAAAGGAAUUAUCGCAGCAUCGCGAAACUUAGGACUUAAAAUACCGCUUGUUAUAAGGCUGGAAGGUACCAAUGUGGCAGAAGCGAAAAAAGUUUUGUCCGAAUCUGGAUUGUCCAUUCUUACAGCGAAUAAUUUGGACGAGGCGGCGAAAAAAGCGGUAACUUCUGUAAAAGCAUAAUCGUAUCAGUACGACGAUACGCUGGCUUAUAUUUAUCUAAGACUGGAAACUAGUUUUAAUGUAAAGAAACAAUAACUUCACGCAUCCUGGAAUAGGGGGGGGGGGAGAGGAUAGGGAAUUGUUUAUAUAACUUUUUCAUAAUAGAAUAUCCCACGUGAAUAUUGUUAUAUCGAUUGUUUUAUAUAGCAUUUGAUUUUUAUGUAUUUGCAUACGUUUAAAUACGCGUGUAAAAUGCUGCGUAUUGUUAUAUAAUUUUUGAACUUUAUCUUCGAUUAUUUGUAGUGACAUAUACCUUCCGCUUGCACUUCUAUUAAUAAUACAUUGGAUUAAUAGAAGAUUACAAGUAGCUACUUUUGCUAUUCUAUAACGCAUGAAGUAAGGUCAUAUUGUUACUAGAAUUUUGAAACUCAUUUCAAUUCUGUUAAAACGAGAUCGGAAUGUGUAUAACUAUAUUGUAUUUGUGUAAUCGUUUGAAUCAUUGAUUGAAAUAUUUAACGUUCAUAAAUUUAGAAGUUAUGAACGUUAAAUAUGGAUUAAUGUUGGAUUCUGAAGUGAUAUUGAAUGCAGAUAUAUAGAGGUUUUUUUUAUUUAGAGUCUCAGUCUUGUAUCUUCACAGUUUAUUUUACAGUUAAUUCGAAUGAUGAACUGUAUAUGAUUUCCGUUUGCUUAUUGUUAUUUUAUUGUAUGUGAUUAAUUUAUUAUGCGAUUAUACUAUUUGUUUUUGCGAGCCACUGUUAAAUGAUAAACAGAUAAUUGCAUUAUUCCACAUAGUUGAA